AUGAGGUUGCCGUUCAGGAAGAAAGAUAAGAAGCGGGACGGCCCGACGUCGCCGGUGCCAGCUGAGUUUCACUCCGUCGCUGCACUGAAUUCUUUGUGCUCCCCGCCGUCACAGCUCUCUGCGCGCAUUUUGGCCAGACUGCCGCGAGAGGUCAUGGUGCGGAUUUUCACAGCUGUCUGCCCGCAGGCACUGGAUGAGACUUAUGAAACUUGUGAAGAAAGUGCGAAGGACGAGGGUUGUAUGCUCUGUGACGUGCGGGACCUUUCGCAUUGCACGCAGGUAAAUCGUCCAUGGCGAAGAGUCGCCCUCGGCAUCCUAUAUCACAGUGUUCGGAUCGAUCCCGUUCACUAUUGUAGGAUGGAAGCUUUCUUGGCGGAGCAGCGAAAGAAGAAGUCCCGAUUCAACAAGAACGGAAUCCCCGAAGACCCAGCGCUUGCACGAUUGAAAUUGCUACGCCGAACCGUUCGCGAUGACCCCACGGGAAUCGGCAGGGUGGUGGAAUUUCUCAAAACUCCAUACAUGAUUCGAGAGUCGUGCCAUGUAGAGUUAGCACAGACGAUUGCCGUGCUACCCAGGCUCAAAUAUGUUGAUCUCCCGGAGGGCAUGUUUUGCGAUGACCCUGCGUAUACGACGUUGCGACUGGAAGUACAAGCAAGAUGCCCCGGAAUCAGGAAGACGACGUAUGCCAACGGCGCGGAGCACAGCUUUGCCGCGCUGGUGUCGGGCCAAAUCUGGCAGGAGCUCGAAGUGCUGGAGCUGACUGGCUUGAAAAUCGAACCGCAGCUGCUCAGGGCGGCCUUGUCUUGCUUGUCUAAGCUUCGCGCCCUCAAGGUCUCGGAAACAUAUAGCCUUUCAGACGAGGUUCUGGCAGCCGACGAAGACCUGCCUAUUCUGCCUGCCUUAGAGGAAUUGAUUCUCAAGGAUACGCCCAGUCUAACUUCAGCUGGGCUUAUGGACUACCUCUCCACUAAUGAGACACAGCAAGCCCUCAAGGUCCUGACCCUUAAAGACACAGGCAUCCAACCUUGGAGGCUGCAAGAAGUUCUGGACAUGGGUCCGUCGCUCAAGACGUUGGCCAUUCAAUCCAAGGUGUCUCAGCAGUUUCCCUCCAACGAGCCCAUUCAGCUGCUGGCGCACAAAGGGCUGAGGACACUCCGAUACGAAAUAUCGGGCGCAUCGUCAGCAGGCCCGUUUGCAACCCAGGGAUACUACUCUUACCUUUCAAACUCGGUGUUGGCAGGGAAUCUCCCCAGACUGCGCAGAGUGUAUGUACUUGACGAACAGUUCCCCCAGCAAUUGCAAAAUCUGCCCCCUCCAAUGGCAAAUUUUGCUGGGGGUCGGGUUCGGACUUCAUCCAACCCACCCAAACGCACGAUACCGUCGGUUCGAGUUUCGCCCCCAGACUCGUCAAGCCCGUUGACGUCCCCUACCCGUCAAGGGUUUGGCAGCCUGUCGUCCCCCGCUCGUCCAAGAUUUGGCAACGUAUCAUCACCUACCCGCAAGGAUUUCAGCAACAUGGCGUCUCCUGUCCGCCAGAACUUUUCAAGUGCUGCCAGUCAGAAGCGUCUCAGUUCCAACAACCCGUUUGCGCAGGCAGCCGGUGGUUUGCCCCCAACACAGACGCUUGAGAUAUUCACCAAGAGCAAUGAGCUUGGUCAGUGGAACUUUUCUCGUGUUGAUUCGUUCACAGGAGCAGCAGCAGGGCCACCGCGUCGUCCGACUAGCAGCUACGGGCUGGAUGCAGACGUUGCGGGCCAGGACUGGGAUCGCGGCGAAGCACGACGAAGCAUCAUGAUUAGGAAUGGAGCGAAUGGUUUCUCGCCGAUGGCAGCAGAUGGCGAAGAUGGCGGAGUUACAUUUGGUCCCGUUCCAAUACCGGGCGGUGCGGACCCAUUGACACCAAGGAGCAGCGCAGGCGAUGUAAGGAGGUCCAGAGGUAUGGGAAGCAGAUAA